AUGAGUAACAAUCUCUGUGUCAUUGUCCGUGAUGGGCAGGUUUAUACCUCUCUCACCACACACUCCCUUCCCGACAUCAUACCUCAUGAACCUCCUUGGGAUCCUCAUGAAGACUACAAUUGUUCUGCCAAUGAUAGUAAUAUGCCACUCACUACUUGCUGGGUGUACAGAACUCGUCCGUGGUUUCCCCUUGUACCUUUGAAUCUUAGCUUUGAUGGGCCAAUCUUGUUUUCCCUCCUUACAGAGGUAGAUCCAUCAGGAAAGCACAUUCUCCACUGCAAUAUUCGGGCAAAAUGGCUCGACUUAGAGCAGAAACUGCUCUGGUGCCAGGAACAUUUGGGUGCUGGGUUAUUCAUUCCAUGGGGGGCUAAACUUCCACGCGCUCCAACUACCUAUGGGUACCAACAGUUGCAUGCAGAUGCUAACAUUGCUAAGAAGGUUGCAAUAAGGUCGAGUGAUGCAUUUCUAUUAAUUGCUGCCACCUGCUCAUGGUACAUCAUGAGUUGUCGAUACCAAGGUGCCAAUCAGUGGAUGGCUAUCUUAACGAGUGACCCCCAACAUCCCAUACCCACUGAAUGGGUUCUUGAGUUGUCGCACUCAUUCGUUGGAGAUCUGACAACAAACAUGCCACAUAUGGGAGCCUUGAUCUAUUCCAUUCACUGUCCUUGGCAAGUUCAAUUGCCCAUGUUUGAGAAAUUCUUGCUUCUGAUUUGGGUCCACGUUUCUCAGAAUCCUUCUGCCGCCAUUGAUUUUACUUUGCAUCAUUAUAUCCCGUCUCCGGCAGCUAUCACCCAUGUGACCGAGGCAGUCCAAUGGAAGCAGACGCCUGACACUUGGGGUGAGCCAGAUGACAGGGUGUGGGGUGAGCCGGACUAUAGUGCGUGGGGUCGACCAGAAGACAACACUCAGAGUGUCCUUAACUGGGAUGAUAGUGUCCUUGGAUGGGGUCAAAACAGUGGGGCACAGCCUGUGUCUGAUGUUCCUGAAGCACAUGCGGACUCUCUGUUCCCAGUCUCCCAACCCCACUCUAGACAGAGGCGAGGAGAAGACUGGAAGGCAUUCUUUGUGUGGCACCGUCAGGAGAACAAGAGGAAAGAGGAGACUGGAGACGCCAGCUCAACAGCAGUCGUGUCAGAGCUCAUUCCUGGCAAAUCCAACACAGUUGUGGUGUUUGAAUGGCAACAUAAUGAUGAGUUUGGCGGCUUUCAUCAACGCAUCCGUCUCACAAAGGCUGAGAUACCAAUGACUUGGAUGUUGUAUAGCAAAUCUACCAGGGUAUAUGAUUCGUUCCAUAAUGAGUGGGACUUGUGCGAUGCAUUGGAUCUUACCAGUGUUCCUGAUGGCAAUUGGGAGGAAGAUGAUUUCCCACCUGUGUCUACUCCUUUUGAACCUACCCCUGCUCCCCCUGCCCCUCCACCACCCUUGUCCAGUUUCCUGAAAGACAUUGAAGCCUACUUCGGUCAUUAUGAGGUUGCACCCUCAAUGCAAUACACUCGUAGUGUUGAGCAAUUUGUCUUGAUUUUGCAUUUUCAUCUCAGAUAUUGCCUUGCAGCAUCCACCACUACACUCUGA